GUUGACGCUAGACAAGUUCUUGUUUCGUGCCCAUUUGCAUUGCUUGAAUGAACAAGCCUGACGAGUGACGAGUGAUAUUACUUCGAACCUGCUUAUACUGGAAGGAUGUUGUAGAAGGUCGAAGUUUAUUUGAGUUGGAAUUGUGUCAAGCGAGUCUAGCAUUUAUACUUGGCGAAUUCUUGCGUUUAUUAGUUUGACUCGUCUUCUUUUCGACUAGGAUAUGGUUGUGAACGCUUUUAAUAUUGUGUCGAAAACGGCUUCUCAUAAUAAUUCUAAAACUGUAUCUACUUUUCCGCCUUGUAAACGUGGAGCAUCAUGUCCAAAAUGCUCCCGUCGGAGGCUGGGAGAAACUAUGGAAAAUACGAAAGGUCGCCUACGAAAAGGAACUUUACUUGAGGCAUUUCGAAAGGCUGUAAACGCUUUGGACGAUUUGGACUUGGUUCCCCGUGCGAAGAAAUCAAGAUUAUGUCGGCGCAGACCAGCUGCACUUACAAUUUAUGUAAAAAGUAAAACGGAGAAAGUAUACAAUGCUAUCAGACUUAAUCAAAAGACAGUUGAAGAACUUAAACAAGCGCUUGGUGAUAAAUAUAAUUUUUCGUCAAGUUGUGUCACAAAUAUGCAGUAUGUGUCGAAUGAUAGAUGUCAAAAACGUAAAAGAGAACGACGUGUCGUCGAUAUAACUGAAGAAAUUGUACAAAAUUUCGAUGAGGAGGAUGAUUUUCUUCUUGAUCUAGCAUACGAUAUAAAGACUGGCGAAUGUGAUAUUAAACUUAUAAAAGGUGUUGCCUUUACGGAAACGAAAGCAGUGCAAAGAGACAACGAAAUUGCAAGUAAAAUGAAGACGUUUAGUGCAUGACAUAGACGUCCUAAAAUUUCUUUUUCUUAUCAUUGUAAAUUAGAUUUGUCUUGUUUGCGAUAGUUUGUAAAUAUUGCUGUUUUAUAGUAUUAAGCAUUAUCUUAAAUCUAAAUGAUGCAUUUAGGCCCCGUUUACACUAUACUGGAUUACCAUCGUAGCAGGUUGAAUAUUCUUUGUAUUAAAAGGCAGUGACAUUGUUCAACGUCAGGAACACAGUCAAAUAGACUAAAUCUAUCAUCUUAAUAAGCUUUUACUCCGAACAGUUAACCCUUUAAUGCAAAUGAAGAUGUGAUGAACGAAUCCGAUAUAGUGUAAACGCAGCCUUAGCCAAUUCGUGCGAUAGGUGGAAAUGAGGCUUUAGUUUCAUGCAUUGCUCGCAUGUAAAAUGUUUUGCCAGGAUACGUAAUGCUAUAUUAUAAGUAAGAAGGUAGUUUCCUACUUAUUAUUGUAUUGUUUAGUUUUUGAAACAGAAUGAAAUGAAUCGCAAUCUUUCAAAGUAAAAUAAUAAUAUAAUAGAAAAUUCUCGUUAUGAGUUUGUA